GGGUUGGUUGACUGUCAACACCAGAAGAAGCCGCGGGAAGAUGGCUCCUGACAGGACGGACGCUGCCACUUCGUGUGGGUGCAAAGGCAUUCGGCGGUGUCUCAUGUGUGAAAAGUUUAAGCGAAAAGGACAGUUGGAGCCGAGUGGACCUAAGGUUGUGCAUCGUUUCCUCUACAAUCCUGAGACGAGGCUGGCCCUUUGCAAAGAUGCCAAGGCUGCAGCCUUUCCCUUUCCUGGUGUCUUCCUGUGGGAGAACUUCAUAUCAGAAGAGGAGGAGAAGGCUCUGAUAAGCACGAUGGACCAGGAUGUGUGGAAUCAGUCCCAGUCCGGUCGAAGGAAACAGGACUUUGGUCCAAAAGUGAACUUUAAGAAAAGGAAAGUGCGUGUGGGCGGCUUCAGUGGUCUCCCUGCUUUAAGCCAAAAACUAGUGCUCAGGUUGCAGCAAGAGCCAAGUCUAGCAGGAUUCCAACCAGUGGAGCAGUGCAAUCUGGAUUACCAUCCUCAGCGGGGCUCCGCCAUCGAUCCACACCUAGAUGACUCCUGGCUGUGGGGCGAGCGCCUGGUCACCAUCAAUAUGUUAUCAAACACUACACUCACCAUGUCGCUUGAACAGGGUCUGCCUGAGCUGGGACUAGGAGAGGAAGUACAUGUAGCUGUGCACCUUCCUCGCAGAUCUUUAGUAGUGUUAUACGGUGAGGCACGGCAUCGAUGGAAGCAUGCCAUUCAUAGGGAGGAUGUUCGCGAGCGCAGAGUUUGCAGCACUUACAGAGAGCUUUCUGCAGAGUUCUUACCUGGAGGGCAGCAGGCAGAGCUGGGAGCUCAGCUGUUGAACAUCGCUUUGAGCUUUCAAGGAACUCCAAUAUAAGGUGUUCUGAUGAUGCAGAGGAAGGCUGUACUAUCAGAGGUGGGAGUCUAGACUGCUGGGACCGGUCGUGAACUGUGUCUCAUUUCAGGUUUGCCUCCUUGAGCAGAAUGAAGACGUGUGCUUCAGAGGGCUGAGGGCUUGUAGGCCGAACCCGUGCCUCUUCUCCAAGUGUGAAGGAUUCACAAUAGUGUCGUCACCACUUCCCGCCCACUCAAGAAAAAACAUUUCCAUAGUUGGCAUAACUAAUUAAGAAACAGAGGUGACAAAUGAAAGGAAAAUUAAUCAUAAAGUGUCUGUGUGAGAUGAUGUUCCACCGUGAGAACAGCGUCAGUGGUCGUUCAUUUAGAUUCUCCAAGCCUUUGUAACUCUGUUAAAAGGAAAAACAGCAUAUUUUCUCAUUGGGUCUUUUGACGACGGUGGUGGAGAACGCUGUCUUAACAGGUUGAGGUCUGGUGAGUGUGAAAGACCAAGGAAUAUGAAUCACAUCAUUUUCAUACUCCCCAAACUAUUCAGUGAACCUUUGUGCCCCAUAUGGAAGCACCUGCGUAGAUGUUAUAAUUAUAAUCUUAUAAACAUUAUACACAUGGUAAUUUACAUUGUUGACUCCUGUGGUGUCGAUUCUCAUAUCAGCACUAGAUAGUGCUAGAGUUACAGAUUUUCAAAUCCUAAUCACAGAAGCUUUAGUGAAUUGUUUUAUCAAGUUAUGAAAGACUCUCAACGUCCCCUGUAAACGGCCAAUGUGAUGGCAAAAGCAAAAAAAACAAACAAGUAAAUUGUUAAAUUAAACCGCAAAUUUCCAUCUAAAAACUGUAGGUAUUUUUUUCAGCGUUUCUGACCUGCUGUCCUUCAUAAAUGUAGCUGUUAAUAUUGUUGUUAAUAAUCUGAAUAAGCAGUUGACACCACAGACAGAAAAAUAUCAAAAACUAUUACCGGUUACAUUGAAAUAUUUUACCAGAAUAUACUGGUUACCAGUCUUUUAAACAAAUCCAUGGAAAUGGAAUUGAAACAAAAACUUUCAAAGCUUCAAAAAUGAAAAAGAAAAAGUUCUGUCACCGGAAAGCUACUCUGUACUGCAUUUGUCCUUGUUUGUCUUAAAUUAUGCUUAAAUGGUUUCACUUGAAUGUUAGUGGUUGCAAGCCAUGGAUCUGAAGCUCUGUUUGUACAGAUCCUCACUUUUUUUUCAGACACAGGACGAGAAACACAUGCAGAAGGAGCCCCGAAGGCUCGAGACCAGCUGUCUUUACAGACAGUAUUUUCCUGCAGUCCUCAAUCUUUUCCAUCUUUGUCUUUUUAAUAAAAAGAAAAAAUAUAUUUUCACCCUUACUCACUUUGCUUCACUUUGUUAUUUAUGUAAAAUG